GUCAUCUGUAGCCAUUUCCUGUCAUCAAUCUUCGCAUUAACAAUUGAGGUGACCGCCUCCCGCAUUAAGUCGUCAAAUUCACACAGGAUCUCGGGAUGUUCAUAGCACUGGCUGCUGCGUAAAGUAUGCAUUAAUUUCGGCACGCUGAGGCAGUUUCGGAGGAGGUACAGCGCUUGCUGGGAUGGCAGCAGUUUCAGCCUUUCCACCAGUAUCUCAAUCUGUUGAAUUUUUCCCCGCAAAAAAGAUGGCACUGCGACUACGCUAACGGGUGCUCCCAGUAGCGUAAGGUUAUCCUUCUCUAAAAUCUCAAAUUCUGGCCAUUCCCAUACCAACCGGUGCUUGGCAGCCGCCCGCAUCUUUAUUGUUUUAUUCUGAUUUUGUACUUAUGCCCGGUGAGGGGCUAAAGUCCUCCCAGUGCUUAUGAUCGGGCCGUUGAAUGGUGGAGUCCUCGAUGUUUACGUCUUCUGGCCCGUUCUGGGGUUCUUGCCCUUACAGUGGGAUCCAUAACGGUCGACUGCUUCCCCAAAUCCGAAGUUUCCCGAACACGAUACAAUGGAAGUUUUUUUUGUGUUUGCGGAUUCUGUCGUCAGGCGGGCCAAUAGGCUCUUGGAUACUGCAGAUGGGGAUCAGGACGGCAUUGAAGGAGCACUAGCGCAGAUUGAAUAUUUAACUGGUUACACACGGGACAUAUGCGAAAACUUACCUGACGAAGUGACGGGAGAUGCUCAGCAGUUAUUCGACGUUUUGCGAGACUGUUCAGAGGCCUUGCAUCAGCUACUGCGGGAAGACGACAAUGGGUCGGAUUAUUUCUAUGAAAUUAAUGGCGGCACCAAUAAAUAUGGAAAAAUUUGUAUUCCGGAUAACGAACUCGGUGAAAUGCGAUGCGAAGGCUUCACAGUUAAGGAAAUUGCUGGGUUUUUUGGAGUCACGACACGGACGAUCGAGCGCAGGCUAGUCGAAUACAAUUUAAAUCACAAGUACAGCGAAAUAUCCGACGAUCAAUUGGACAUUGCAUGCGAGAAAUACUCAGUUCGUUUGUGAAUGUUGGAUAUCGUUACGUGUGUGGUCAGUUAAAGAGUGCUGGAUUGUAUAUCCAGCGAGCUACGAUUCUUUCAUCUCUGCGACGCUUGGACCCAUAUGGUGUUGCUAAUCGGUUUUUCAACUUGGUCACUCGUCGUAAAUACUUCAACCCUGGUCCGAACGCGUUGUGGCACAUGGAUGGUAAUCACAAACUGGUGCGGUGGGGAUUUGUUAUUCAUGGAAUUAGGUGUCGAGGAAACUCGGCACCUUUUGAUCCAACGUAACGGCAUUGGUUUUUGUGGUAUAACUGAAUAAAGAUACUUCUUUGCAAUGCAUAAUCUACCUUGUGGAUCCCAAAUGUCAAUUACAAGUAAACAUACAAGUUACAACACAGGACUUGUGUGUAAUAAUGUGUAGAAGUAGGAAGCCUCUGUUUUGUAGUUGUUUUGCAUUAGUGCCAGUUGCUUUCCAACCAAGUC